AUGGCCAAUUUGGUGCUGUUUGAAGUGCGCUACGUUCUGGCGUCGAUCUGCUACUCGUUUCGUUGCAUCUCGUCACCGAUUACCUUUUCCUGGUUAGAGACAGCCCUCUACUGGCUGAUGUCGUUCAUUCCGAUAGCAUUUUUGGCCAUUCCUCAGUUGGUCUACAUGCUACUAGACACGGAAAGUCUGCACGAAUUCGUGUCGGUCCUGGUGCCGUUUACGGAGAUCGGCUUGACCAUCGUGAAAAUGAUCCUCUGCAACGUAAAACGGUCGGAGAUCAUAAGCCUCAUCAAUCAGGUGCAGGCCGAGUGGAUGGAAUAUGAGUCCUCGAUGCGCUCCGAAGUCUCCGCGCUGGUGGCAGCCACCGUAAAGAAGGUUCGGUUGUUCACGAUCAUCUACACGCUGUUGUUCGGUGUUCUGGGCCUCGAAUUUGGGCUGCUGCCGGUUACCAGGCUGAUCUAUUACAAAGUGUUUGGCUCGGGGACCACAAAUUACACCAUCACCCUGCCCAUCGAGGGGACUACGAGCUUCACCAUCACAUACUUCUGGAUCGUGGUGGCUGUCUACUUGCUCGUGAUGUCUCUUAGUGCCCUCGACUGCGUGUUUAACACACUAGCCAUGCACAUUACUGGUCUGUUUAAACUACUGAAUGUUGAAGUCGACCAGAUGAGUGUGGAGCUGCGGGCCGGUGUGGAUGCCAACCAGAUGCGACAGACCUUUAAGCGGAUCGUGUUGAAGCACAAGACCUAUCUAGCUUCCAUCGUGAUCUGUGUUGUCCUCUACCAGUUCACUACGGUUUUCGGUUGGAACGGUGAGACCAUCAAAACGGCGACCUAUCUACCGGGGGCCAUCAUACAACUUUACGUGUUCUGCUGGUAUGCGGAGGAAAUCACCGAGGAAGCAGCAAUGUUGGCCGAUCACAUCUACAACAUCCCCUGGUAUCUGGGUGAUACGAAGCUGCAGAAAAUGUUUCUCACGCUGAUGGUGAAAGCCCAAAAGCCUACCGGUGUCACGGCGGGCAAGUUCUAUCUGAUUACGCUUCAGAGUUUUCAACAAAUCAUUAGGGCAUCCUAUUCCUACUUCACUUUGCUUAGCACAGUGAUGCAAGAAUAG